GAUCCCACUCACCCGCCCAGGGCUGGCCUGCACCGGCCACUGUUCCUGCCUGCUCUGCUCUCAGAGAUCCCCGGGUCCUGGUCGCCUGCUGUUCUUCCCAAGCUUGGUCCUGCCACCACCAGCUGCCAUGAAGAUUGCGGUGAUUGGGCAGAGUCUAUUCGGCCAGGAGGUGUACAAACAGCUUCGAAAGGAGGGCCAUGAGGUGGUGGGUGUGUUUACCAUCCCAGACAAGGAUGGCAAGGCUGACCCUCUGGGCCUGGAGGCAGAGAAGGAUGGAGUGCCAGUGUUCAAAUUCCCCCGUUGGCGUACCAAAGGACAGGCUCUUCCUGAAGUUGUAGCCAAGUACCAAGCUCUGGGUGCUGAGCUCAACGUGCUGCCGUUCUGCAGCCAGUUCAUCCCCAUGGAGGUCAUCAAUGCCCCCCGCCAUGGCUCCAUCAUCUACCACCCAAGUCUGCUCCCCCGGCACAGAGGGGCCUCAGCCAUCAACUGGACUCUCAUUCAUGGAGAUAAGAAAGGAGGGUUCACCAUCUUCUGGGCAGAUGAUGGUCUAGACACUGGGGACCUUCUGCUGCAAAGAGAAUGUGAGGUGCUCCCGGAUGACACGGUGAACACUCUGUACAACCGUUUCCUCUUCCCUGAAGGCGUCAAAGGAAUGGUACAAGCUGUGAAGCUGAUUUCUGAGGGCAAGGCCCCUAGGCUUCCCCAACCAGAAGCAGGAGCCACCUAUGAGGGUAUUCAGAAGAAGGAAAAUGCCAAGAUCAACUGGGAGCAGCCAGCUGAGGCCAUUCACAACUGGAUCCGAGGCAAUGACAAGGUGCCAGGUGCCUGGACAGAGGCCUGCGGGCAGAAGCUGACAUUUUUCAAUUCGACGCUCAACACUGCAGGUCUGGUGCCUGAGGGAGAAGCAUUACCCAUCCCAGGUGCCCACCGGCCGGGGCUGGUCACCAAAGCUGGACUCGUGCUCUUCGGAAAUGAUGACAGAAUGUUGCUGGUAAAAAAUAUCCAGCUGGAGGAUGGGAAGAUGAUCCCGGCUGCAAAUUUCUUCCGGGGAGCAGACAGCAGUGCCCUGGAGCUGACAGAGGCAGAGCAGGGCACCGCCGAGGCUGUACGGAGUGCCUGGAAACGGAUUCUGCCCAACGUCGGAGAAGUGGAAGACACCACUGAUUUCUUCAAGUCAGGUGCAGCUUCAGUGGAUGUGGUGAGGCUGGUAGAGGAAGUGAAGGAAUUGUGUGAUGGCCUGGAACUAGAGAACGAGGAUGUGUACAUGGCUACCACCUUUGGUGACUUCAUCCAGCUGCUAGUGAGAAAACUGCGUGGUGAUGAUGGAGAGGGCGAGUGUGCCAUUGACUACGUAGAGAAGACUGUGAACAAGCUGACACUCCGGAUACCCCACCAGCUCUUCAUUGGGGGAUCAUUUGUGGACGCAGAAGGUGCCAAGACUUUUGACACCAUCAACCCCACAGAUGAGAGCGUCAUCUGCCAGGUGCCCCAGGCCCAGGUCAGUGAUGUUGACAAGGCAGUGGCAGCUGCAAAAGAGGCCUUUGAGAAUGGCUUGUGGGGGAAGAUCAGUGCACGGGACCGAGGCCGACUCUUAUAUAGGCUGGCAGACCUCAUGGAGGAGCACCAGGAGGAGCUGGCCACCAUCGAGGCCCUGGAUGCAGGUGCUGUCUACACGCUGGCCCUGAAGACGCAUGUGGGCAUGUCCAUCCAGACCUUCCGCUACUUUGCAGGCUGGUGUGACAAGAUCCAGGGCUCCACCAUCCCCAUCAACCAAGCCAGGCCCAACCGAAACCUCACCUUGACCAAAAAGGAGCCUAUUGGUGUCUGUGGCAUUGUCAUCCCCUGGAACUACCCCCUGAUGAUGCUCUCCUGGAAGACAGCUGCCUGCCUGGCUGCGGGGAACACGGUGGUGAUCAAGCCUGCUGAGGUGACCCCGCUCACAGCCUUGAAGUUUGCAGAGCUUACCCUGAAAGCUGGCAUUCCCAAGGGUGUGGUCAACAUCAUUACAGGAUCUGGCUCAGUAGCCGGCCAAAGACUCUUGGACCAUCCAGAUGUGCGGAAAAUUGGGUUCACAGGCUCCACAGAAGUGGGGAAGCACAUCAUGAAAUGCUGUGCCGUGAGUAACCUGAAGAAGGUUUCCCUGGAACUGGGAGGGAAGUCACCCCUCAUCAUCUUUGCUGACUGUGACCUCACUAAGGCUGUGCAGAUGGGGAUGAGCUCUGUCUUCUUCAACAAGGGGGAGAACUGCAUUGCAGCUGGCCGGCUCUUUGUGGAGAAUGCCAUUCACGACCACUUCGUGCAGAGGGUGGUGGAGGAGGUGAGCAAGAUGAAGGUGGGAAACCCUCUGGACCGGGACACGAACCACGGGCCGCAGAACCACCGAGCCCACUUGCAGAAGCUGCUGGAGUACUGUCAGCGUGGAGUGCAGGAGGGGGCCACGCUGGUGUGUGGGGGCAAGCAAGUCCCAAGGCCAGGCUUCUUCUUCGAGCCCACGGUGUUUACUGACGUGCAGGAUCACAUGUUCAUCGCCAAAGAAGAAUCCUUUGGACCCAUCAUGAUCAUCUCUCGGUUUGACGAUGGGGAUGUGGACACAGUGCUAUCUCGGGCCAAUGCUACAGAGUUUGGUCUGGCCUCCGGGGUCUUCACCAGGGACCUCAGCAAAGCCCUGUAUGUCAGUGACAAGCUACAAGCUGGCACCGUGUUUGUGAAUACGUACAACAAGACAGAUGUGGCCGCACCCUUUGGAGGCUUCAAGCAAUCCGGCUUUGGCAAAGACCUGGGAGAGGCAGCUCUGAAUGAAUACCUGAAGAUCAAGACGGUGACUUUUGAAUACUGAAGAAUAUCUCAGGAGGAAGCAGCAUAGUGCUCUCUUGGAUCUGCACUGAAGUCUGGGGGCUGAGGAGCCCUGCUGCCUACCCCCUAGCCCCAUAAUACCCCAAUCCUUCCCCACCUUUCUUCAUUCCUUCCCACCCUUCCACAUCCUUCCCCACUAAGCCCAUAUUAACCCCCACCCUGGCCCUAUCUCUCUCUGUCCAGUCAGAGAGGCCCUGGGCUCAAGUCAGUGUCCAUGAGGUGAAUAAAGAUCUUGAGAAGCAACUGCUGCCUGUUCC